CGGUUUGUUGGCCAGUUGGCGUCCGUUUUUCACGUCCAAUCUGUAACUGUCAUAAUUAUGUCCGCGCGCGCAAUCACGCCGUGGCGAUUUAUACACAUUGAAAUGCAGCGGAAUAACGCGGUCUGAUCAACACUGGCGUUUUGAAAAGCGGAAUAUAUCACGUUGUCGUGUCCAACGCGUCGGGCUUUAAUUCAACGGCGGGAAUAUGAAAACAGUCACGGAACGAUUGUGGAACGUGUUAAAAUUCGCCGCCGCGAUUAACUCAAGAUGAUGUCGACGAUGCCACCCGACUCGCACAAGAUUUCACUAAACAUCAUUGAGGCGAUCAAGCAACAUCCUGUGUUAUACAGCGCCGAGGUGAGAGGCCCACCUGUCAAAUUGCAAGAAUUCAGGCAAAAAGUCUGGAAACGCAUCUCGGAUGAGCUCGGACUCGAUCGUACGUCCUUUACAACAAGUUGGGUGAGAUUAAAAUGGAAAAACCUUAGGGAUACCUAUUGUCGUAUUUUAAAAUAUAAAACUAAAACAGAAGAGGGUGUAAGAAGGAAAAAAUGGAUUUUUGAGGAUCAUUUAAGUUUUUUGAAAUUUCCACAUGAAUUGGAUUAUCAACCACAAUGUGUAGAAUUGACUGAAGAGUAUAUACAAGAUAUAAAUGCAGGUGGAAUAAGUUCUGAAGGUUUACUGGAACAAUUAGAGGAUCGUAAUGAUGAAGAUUACAGCGAAUACUUGGAAGUUCUCGACGAAACACCAACAGAUCCGGUCUUGGUAGAAUCUGGAACUGCAGAAACAUCCAGGAGUGAUGAACCACAACAACUAGCUACACACGAAAUAGCAAUCAACUUGCAAGAGUCUCCACAACGGGAUAUCGACAGUUAUGCUCAGGAGAUAGAGUCCAAGUACCGAAAAAUACGCCCAAAACGAUUGAAGUCCAGUGCGUCUGUUUCGAAUGCAUCUAACACUUACAGUAUACUGAAGACCAACAAUACGAAUAUGCUCCUCGAUACCAGCACAUUGUCUAAUCCCGUUGCUAUGACAAGUUCCAUUCUAACACCAAGUGCGCUGGCUGCUUCUACGUCUACGAACGAACCGAGUGAUUCGAAGGACGAUGUGGAUAAUGAACAAGUACAUCCGAUGUCUGAAAGUAAAAGCAGUUUAGAAUUAUUUUUUGCCAGCAUGGCACAAACUGUGAAGAAGUUACCACCUAAGGCACGAGCCGAUAUCAAGAUGAAUAUCUGCAGAAUAGUAACGGAGGCGGAAAUGCGAUAUUCUAAACAGGUUGUCAAGGCGCAAACUACGCAACAAUUCAUCACACCACCUGGUAUGAUACCGAAACUAGUAUUGAUACCUUGCAACAAGUUAGAUAAUCAAAACAUUAAGAACUGAAUCUGACAAGAAUCGCAAUUCAAUUGGUUGAACAAUAAAGACUUAUCAGACUUAAUAAUAGUGCAAAGUAAUGUAAUCGUCUGUCCGGAUAAUGAAAAUAGUGAGCGUUCCUGCCGUUUUUGUCCUUUGAAUUUUUCACAUUUAGCACAUGGAAGUUUAUGAGAUGUUGCGAUAGAAAUAAAUGGAGUUUUAAAUUGCCUUGUAUAAUG